UGCCGAUUGUUCCUGUGUGACAACUACAUAUUCUCUCCAUCAUAACCCAGCAUGUUCACUUGACCAUAAAGCUCACCGAUAAACAUGGGUUCCGUCAUAUCGACGCUUAAAUCAACGGCAUCGGCCAUAUCAUAUGGCUUGAAGACUGUUCUGACGCUUCACAAGCAAUUCUCGUCUCUUCUUGAACGCGCGUCCUCAGAACCAGGAUUUCCUGUGCCAGAGCCCACAAAGUCAUACUGGCUCGACGACCCGCCAUUCCCAGCACUAUGCGACAUCCAAGCUGACAAGCUUCCCUCAGAAGUAGACAUCGUCAUUAUCGGCAGCGGCAUCACAGGCGCAGCCGUAACAAAAUCCCUGCUAGAACUCUCCGACUCCAAUCUACGAGUUGUAGUCUGUGAAGCAAGACAGCUAUGUAGCGGUGCAACGGGUAGAAAUGGCGGACAUAUUAAAAGUGCACCAUAUGAUGAAUUUGCCAUGUUCAAGUCAAAGCUGGGACCGGAAGAUGCGAGGAGGAUAGUGAGGUUUAAGAGAAGGCAUUUAGAGAUCAUAAAGCAGCUAGGGAAGGGCAUUGAGGUGGCUGAGGUCAGAGAGGUCGAGACGGUGGAUGUUUUUGUUGAGAGGGAGGAUUUUGAGAAGGCGAAGACGCAGGUUGAAGAUGUUAGGGAGUGGAUGCCUGAGGAAAAGCAUCGGGUUUGGGAGGCGGAGGAGGCGAGAAAGGAGUUUGGUAUGAAUGAGCUUGUUGUGGGAGCUGUAACUUAUACGGCUGGUGCACUCUGGCCAUAUCGUCUUGUCACGAGUGUUUGGAACGGUUUACUCGAGCGGUUCUCGGGGUUGAGCAUCAACACUCAUACACCCGUUGAGAAGGUAUCUCAUAACUCAGAUGGCUCUUAUACAGUUACGACACCGCGUGGAGUCAUCAAGGCGAAGCAUGUUAUUCACACAACGAAUGCUCAUGCCGCACAACUUCUCCCUCCAGUAAGGGGCUGUGUCGUCGGUGCCAUCGCACACAUGAGCGCUCAACGACCAGGAUCUUCAUUCCCCCCAACCCACGGAAACCGCUCAUGGUCUGUAAUCUACAGCCCAGGCUUCGAUUACAUCACCCAACGCCCAGAUCGGCCAGAUGGAACAGCCGGUGAUCUUAUGAUAGGAGGAGGCUUCUUCCGCAGCCGCGAAGACGGUCUCGACCAAGUCGGAAUCUGGGACGAUAGUAAGAACCACGCCCUUCCCCUGAUGCACAUCCGCGGCGUGAUGCCCUCCAUCUACGAACCAAACUGGGGCUCCGGAAGCAGUCUUAUAAAAGCCUGGACGGGAAUCAUCGGCUUCACAGGUGAUUUGAUGCCUCUUGUGGGACGAGCCCCUGGGUCGAAAGGAUCAGGGGAGUGGAUGGCUGCUGGGUUCUGUGGCGAGGGGAUGGUAUAUGCCUGGCUUUGUGGGACGGCUUUGGCGGUUAUGGUGCUUGGUAAGGAGGGGGAGAAGCUGGGAGAGGGUGUUGGGAGGCCGGGGGGACGGUUGGAGGAGUGGUUUCCGGGGGAUCUGCUGGGGGUUGAUAAGGAGAGGUUGAGGAGGGCUUAUAUUGCUAAUGCGGCGGAGUUUUUCGAGUAGUUGACUUCAGUGUUGCAGUGAAGCAAUGAGAUAUGGAUGGUUUACUGGUUUAGCUGAGAGAUUAUGGUCUAUGAUGGGGGAUGUUGGGGAGUGAAGCGUUGACGGCUGUCUGCCAGUGCAAGCUAAGGCUUCAUGCAUCACCACUUUCAUCUCACGUGUAAUCGGUAUAAUUCCACUUCUUAUCAGCGCACUUCUUCCUUGAUUCAUUCGGUCUCUUUCUUUCGUUUC